AUGAGUGAAACAGCCACCAUUACCAGCAGCACCAGCAGCGGCCGUCCAGCCCUCGACCUCACCGAGACGAUUCCCUUGACGCGCACGCCCAACAUCCGCCUCCUCGGCGCCGCUGCCGCCGCCAUCACCACCAGCACCAUCACCACCAGCACCACCACCACGACGCACGAAUCUUUUCUCCUCUGCAAAAAGUUCAUCUACGCCACCUCUUGCACGCCCGCCACCGCCGUCUACCACAUCUCCACGCGCAACACGCGCAGCGGCAAGCCCUGGCAGCUCGCCCUCAGCCGGCUCCUCCCCAGCGAGACUCGUCUCCUCUCCUCCGCCUCCGCCUCCACCACCACCUCGCCCCUUCCCUUGAUCAAGUACGACGACGACCUCACCCUCUACACCGGCGAGAAGCUCGCCGUCCCCAUCAGCAUUGGCCAGAAGCCGCUGCUCUGUAUUCGCGGCCGCCGCGCCGGCAGCAGCAGCAGUAGCAGCAGUAGCAGCAGUAGCAGCACCAUCAUUGUCGAAAAGACGCUCGGCCGCAGCCGUACGUAUGAAUUCUGGCGCAUGACGCCGAUCCGGCGCCCACUCAACCAAAGAGAGGAGGAGCGGAUGCAGGCGCUCAUGCACAAGAGGGGGUAUAGGACGAGUGACGACUGGAGAAAGGAACUGGUGUACACGGCGCAGCAGGGCAGGGCUGGCGGCGCCGCGGCGGCGACGACGGAGUGGACGGACGAAAGGGGCGUCGUGGUGGCGAGGGAGAGUGAUGGGCAGCUGGUGAUGACGGGAGGGGCCGAGGCCGUGGAAGCGAGCGCGAGAGAUCUCCUCGUGGCGUGCUGGGCGUCGAGAAACUUUGUGCUAUCCAGUCGGGAGAAUGAGUCGGCAGCCGCGUAG